UCAUCACACCUUUAUCGUCGAGCUCAUUAGUAUUCCAGCUUCCACCCCUCUGAACUAUCACAUCGCGAUGUCACCAGAACAGAAACCUCUCAUAUUCGUCACAGGCAACGCGAAUAAACUUCGCGAGGUCAAAGCGAUACUCUCUUCAGGCGGCGAUCCAGUUGAAAUUGACUCUAAGGAGCUCGACAUUCCGGAAGUGCAGGGCACCACACAAGAAGUAGCUCUUGCUAAGUGCAAACGCGCAGCGGAGCUGCUAGGCGGGCCUUGCAUUACGGAGGACACAGCACUUUGCUUUACCGCUCUGAAUGGACUGCCGGGCCCAUAUAUCAAGUACUUUCUCAACGAACUUGGCCAUGAAGGACUCAACACUCUGCUAGACGGGUUUCCGACCAGAUCAGCCCACGCGUUAUGCACCUUCGCAUACUGCGCCGGACCAGGAAGUGAGCCGGUUCUCUUCGAGGGUAAAACAGAUGGCAAGAUCGUGCCCGCCAGGGGACUGCCGACCUUCGGCUGGGAUGCCGUGUUUGAACCGGAAGAGGGUGGUGGCCUCACCUACGCGGAGAUGAAAUCGGAGGACAAGAACAAGAUAUCGCACCGAUAUCGAGCCCUCGAAAAACUACGGGCAUACCUGCAAACAUUGCCUCAUUGAUAGUAUGGGAUAAGGAAUUUUGUGUAGACGCCCCCAACUCGCAGGUUGGUUCAGGGCUCGAUAUCGGUCCUAGCAUACGAUGAUUAAUUCUCCCGGCUCUUAUCCCAUUCGCUCAGCGAGCCUUCGCGUACUGCUGCAUGAAGCAGUUAUCCCCUUAGGGUAAGGAGGCCAUUGGCGUUCAGGAUACGUGUGGUGGCGGGCAUGUGUUCAACUGGAGAUGCCUAGCUGUAGAUUCGAGAUGAGAUGAAGUGCUGGGCGUAAGUAUCUCCGCGCCAACUAUACAUAGUCGCCGUAGCUCCCUUCCCACCGUCACUUGUGUCUUGCUCGGUACAUAACUUGUCACCACGAGAAAUAACCUACGAUGG